GUGUGUGGGAUGCGCCGUGGAGCGUGGAGGUCAGCCCUGCUGCACAAAUGAGCAGGCUUUGAAUUUGGCUCAUCUCUCGGGGAGCCCGUGGAAAGCUAGGACCCCAUGCCUGAAGGAUCCCCAGCCUUUCCCUGCAGGGAGACAGACUGGAGAGGUGGAGUCUAGAGGCUGAGGCGCCACCUCUUAGGCCAGGUGUCCUCGGAGGCCUUCGUGCACUUAGCACUGGACUCGUCGAGGGUCUCCUGCAAGGCCUGUAGCCUCCCUCUGCCUGGUUUUUCUGUCAGCGAAAACGUUAACGCACAGCGCUGAGCACGGCGCCUGUCGCAAACCACGCUCUGAAGAAACUCACCACGUGCUGCGCUUUUCCGAAUCGGACAGAUGAGCAACGUGGAGCUGGAUGAUGAGCUUUUGGACCCGGAUAUGGAUCCUCCGCAUCCCUUCCCCAAGGAGAUCCCACACAACGAGAAGCUCCUGUCCCUCAAGUAUGAGAGCUUGGACUAUGACAACAGUGAGAACCAGCUGUUCCUGGAGGAGGAGCGGCGGAUCAACCACACGGCCUUCCGGACGGUGGAGAUCAAGCGCUGGGUCAUCUGCGCCCUCAUCGGCAUCCUCACGGGCCUCGUGGCCUGCUUCAUCGACAUCGUGGUGGAGAACCUGGCCGGCCUCAAGUACAGGGUCAUCAAGGGCAAUAUCGACAAGUUCACAGAGAAGGGCGGGCUGUCCUUCUCCCUGUUGCUGUGGGCGACGCUGAACGCCGCCUUCGUGCUGGUGGGCUCCGUGAUCGUGGCUUUCAUAGAGCCGGUGGCUGCUGGCAGUGGAAUCCCCCAGAUCAAGUGUUUCCUCAACGGGGUGAAGAUCCCCCACGUGGUGCGGCUCAAGACGUUGGUGAUCAAAGUGUCCGGUGUGAUCCUGUCGGUGGUCGGGGGCCUGGCCGUGGGAAAGGAAGGGCCGAUGAUCCACUCGGGUUCAGUGAUUGCCGCCGGGAUCUCUCAGGGAAGGUCAACGUCACUGAAACGAGAUUUCAAGAUCUUCGAGUACUUCCGCAGAGACACAGAGAAGCGGGACUUCGUCUCCGCAGGGGCCGCGGCCGGAGUGUCAGCGGCGUUUGGAGCCCCCGUGGGUGGGGUCCUGUUCAGCCUGGAGGAGGGUGCAUCCUUCUGGAACCAAUUCCUGACCUGGAGGAUCUUCUUUGCUUCCAUGAUCUCCACGUUCACUCUGAAUUUUGUUCUGAGCAUUUACCAUGGGAACAUGUGGGACCUGUCCAGCCCGGGCCUCAUCAACUUCGGAAGGUUUGACUCAGAGAAAAUGGCCUACACGAUCCACGAGAUCCCGGUCUUCAUCGCCAUGGGUGUGGUGGGCGGUGUGCUCGGAGCUGUGUUCAACGCCUUGAACUACUGGCUGACCAUGUUUCGAAUCAGGUACAUCCACCGGCCCUGCCUGCAGGUGGUCGAGGCCAUGCUGGUGGCCGCCGUCACGGCCACGGUCGCCUUUGUGCUGAUCUACUCGUCGAGGGACUGCCAGCCCCUGCAGGGGGGCUCCAUGUCCUACCCGCUGCAGCUCUUCUGUGCAGAUGGCGAGUACAACUCCAUGGCCGCGGCCUUCUUCAACACCCCGGAGAAGAGCGUGGUGAGCCUCUUCCACGACCCGCCAGGCUCCUACAACCCCUUGACCCUCGGCCUGUUCACACUGGUCUACUUCUUCCUGGCCUGCUGGACCUAUGGGCUCACCGUGUCUGCUGGGGUCUUCAUCCCAUCCCUGCUCAUCGGGGCUGCCUGGGGCCGGCUCUUUGGGAUCUCCCUGUCCUACCUCACGGGGGCGGCGAUCUGGGCGGACCCCGGCAAAUACGCCCUGAUGGGAGCUGCGGCCCAGCUGGGCGGGAUCGUGCGGAUGACCCUGAGCCUGACAGUCAUCAUGAUGGAGGCCACCAGCAACGUGACCUACGGCUUCCCCAUCAUGCUGGUGCUCAUGACCGCCAAGAUCGUGGGCGACGUCUUCAUCGAGGGCCUGUAUGACAUGCACAUUCAGUUGCAGAGUGUGCCCUUCCUGCACUGGGAGGCCCCGGUCACCUCGCACUCGCUCACUGCCAGGGAGGUGAUGAGCACGCCAGUGACCUGCCUGAGGCGGCGUGAGAAGGUCGGCGUCAUUGUGGACGUGCUGAGCGACACGGCGUCCAAUCACAACGGCUUCCCCGUGGUGGAGCAUGCCGAUGACACCCAGCCUGCCCGGCUCCAGGGCCUGAUCUUGCGCUCCCAGCUCAUCGUCCUCCUAAAGCACAAGGUGUUUGUGGAACGGUCCAACAUGGGCCUGGUGCAGCGGCGCCUGAGGCUGAAGGACUUCCGCGACGCCUACCCGCGCUUCCCGCCCAUUCAGUCCAUCCACGUGUCCCAGGACGAGCGGGAGUGCACCAUGGACCUCUCCGAGUUCAUGAACCCCUCCCCCUACACGGUGCCCCAGGAGGCGUCGCUUCCCCGGGUGUUCAAGCUGUUCCGGGCCCUGGGCCUGCGGCACCUGGUGGUGGUGGACAACCGCAAUCAGGUUGUCGGGUUGGUGACCAGGAAAGACCUCGCCAGGUACCGCCUGGGGAAGGGAGGCUUGGAGGAGCUCUCGCUGGCCCAGACGUGAGACCCAGCCCUGCCCUUGGUGGGCACCAGUGCUGGCACCCUGGCCCCUCCGCACUUCCUCCCGGAGUCACUGGUCUCUCGGGCCAAACCAUGCUCCCCAGCAGUGGCAAUGGCGAGCAUCCUGCAGCUGGGCGGGCAGGCGGUGGGCACAGAACUGACCGUCUCACGGGACUGACCCUGUGUGGGCAGUGGUCUCCUCCCUUGGCACCUCCUUGCGCACGCCCAUCUCCGCCCUCCUCGUCUAGGUUUCUUUUUCUCCAGGGAUCAGCUGUGUGUGUGUGACCGCCCUACUGGGCUGGGGCUGUCAGCCUCUUGGGAGCCAGCGGCAGGGCCGCCACCUGCGUGCCUGUGCCCGUGUGCGUGAGACAGAGCCCUCGACCCUGCUGCUGCCCCAAGGGCUGCCUGCCCUGGAAGGGCCCCUGUGUCUCCACACCUGUGGAGUCUUCGAGACUUGGGAGCUGGCCUGGCCCCUCAGCCACAGGCUUGGCCUCAUUUUCAACUGUGGGCAGACCCCUGUGGUCCCUGGGCCUGAGCCGUGGACUCGUAGCGCCAGGGUUUGGAAGCUGGGACCGCCCCGGAGAACAAUCUCGCGCUGGUGCCACAGAGGAGCCCGGUGCCCUCCCCAGCCUGCAUCCGGCUUGGGUACACGGGCCCAGAGGACUGGGGUGACGGGCCCCGUGCUGUGGUGUCGAGAGCUGAGAAAAACCACCAAGGCCCUGAGCCCCACGCCCAGCCCUGCUUUGGUCCCUGAGCCUCAGAGCAGUGGAGUUGCUGCCCUGUGGACACGGGCU